AUGGCUGAACUGGAGAGCGGAGGGAACCUGAACGAGGUCGUAACUGCGCUCCAGGAGCCCUCAGGCCGCUCGGGGGCCCGCGACGGUCGCUGGUCGGAGGUCAACGGAGGACAGUCCCCCCAGAGAGGAACCAGCGAGGUGGGAAGAGCCGGGGGCGGCGGGCGCAGCGCAACCGGCCGGGGCGGCCCGGGGUCCCCACUGUCCCCGGGGUCCCCCGCGCCCCGCCGCCGCGGAGCCCUCCUGCGCUCUCCCCACGAGCCGCCCGCAUCGUCCGCCUCACCCGCCGCCGAUCCGCCCGCCCGCCCGCCCGCCAGGCCCGCACGCCGCUCAGUCUGCCUCACCCGCCGCCGAUCCGCCCGCCCGCCCGCCAGGCCCGCACGCCGCUCAGUCUGCCUCACCCGCCGCCGCCGACCAGCCCGCCCAGCUCGCACCCUGCUCCGUCCGCCUCACCCGCCCGACGAGGCCGCCGUUCCGCCCGCCUCACCCGCCCGGCUGGGCUGCCUCGCCAGCCGCUCCGUCCGCCUCAACCGCCCGAUAGGGCUGCCUCACCUGCCCUUCCCGCCGCCGCCCAGCCCUCCUCAACAGCCAGGCCGGGCCCGCCAGCCCCGCCCGCCGCCGGCGUCCCGGCCGAACGCGGAGACAGGGCCGGCGCUGAUUGGCUACGCCCGUCACGUGACCGCAACGCUCCGCCGGCGCCAAUUUCAAACAGCGGAACAAACUGAAAGCCUCAGAGCGGGACCCCACCCCCGGCCCCGGCCCGGGACCACCCCCCCCACCCUUCCCGGGAUCCCGGGAUUCCCCGCCCCGCAGCCGGGGUCGCGGCCCGGCCCGCAGGUGGGAGCAGCGCGGAGCCUCCCGGAGCCGGCGCGUCCGGCGGUGCAAGCGAGGCCUCCACUCCGCCCUUUCCCAGGACCCUCCCCCGGGUUCCGGAGACCCCCGCAGCCUAGCCCUGGUCUGGAUGUGGGGUCCAUGCUGGUCAUUCUCAAUGGAGAGUGA